AUGAUUCUCAGAGAUCCCAGAUUCUAUACAAGAGUCAACUAUCCAGCGAGGCUCAAUCCCUCGCUGAACAAGCACUCGUGGAGCAUCUCUGCUAUCAAGCCGAAGCCCUUAGCGCUGGCGAGGAAGGUGAAGCCCACUGGGGAGGAAGAGAGUGAUUAUACAGCGGUGAAGAGGGAGGAGCAGCAGCAGCAGGAGGAGGAGGAGCAGCAGGAGGAGGAGCAGCAGGAGGAGGAGCAGCAGGAGGAGGAUGUUGCGAUGCCAGAUGUGGGCUGCGAUCUCUUUAUAAGAGAUGAGGAGGGCUAA